GUACCUGAUCGUCCCUCCCCUCAUAAUCGUUUUGUAUCUUUUCCAGAGCUCGUCGCGAGCCCGGAAAACCACCAGUCGCGCGCACAGACACAGAGGUGUUGGAAUUGGUGAAAUUCUGGUAUAAUUCCGAGUAGGGAUUCAGUAGCCAUGGACCAGGCCGAGCUAAACACGGAACAGGUUUUGAAGAGGGACAUUCCAUGGGAAACGUACAUGACGACUAAGCUCAUCACAGGAACAUGCCUUCAGCUGCUGAGGCGUUAUGAUAAUAGAGCAGAAAGUUAUAGAGCACAACUUCUGGAUGAUGAUGGUCCAGCUUAUGUUCGGGUAUUUGUUAGCAUUUUACGUGACAUUUUUAAGGAGGAAACUGUAGAAUACGUUCUGGCGUUAAUUGAUGAAAUGCUUACAGCAAACCCAAAAAGAGCAAGAUUGUUCCAUGACAAGUCUCUUGCCGGUGAAGAUACUUAUGAACCCUUCUUAAGAUUGCUUUGGAAGGGUAAUUGGUUCAUACAAGAGAAGAGCUGUAAGAUACUUGCUUUAAUAGUAAGUGCCAGGCCAAAAACCCAGGAUGGCGUAAUGAGUAAUGGGGAAGCCUCAAACUCGAAGAAAAAAAUCACUACUAUUGAUGAUGUGCUGAAAGGAUUGGUAGAAUGGCUUUGUGCACAGUUGAAGAAGCCUUCCCAUCCUACUCGCGCUGUCCCUACUGCCAUCAAUUGCCUUGCUACGUUACUAAAGGAACCCGUGGUCAGAUCCUCCUUUGUUCUGGCAGACGGGGUGAAGUUGCUCGUUCCAUUAAUAUCUCCAGCAUUGACCCAGCAGUCGGUUCAGCUCCUGUAUGAAACGUGUCUCUGUGUUUGGCUUUUGUCGUACUAUGAACCUGCGGUUGAGUAUUUGGCUACUUCAAGAACCCUCCCACAACUAAUAGAGGUCGUUAAGAGCUCAACCAAGGAGAAGGUUGUCAGAGUUGUUGCCUUGACCCUUAGGAACUUGCUUUCCAAAGGGACAUUUGGUGCGCAAAUGGUGGACCUUGGACUGCCGCAAAUUGUUCAAAGCUUGAAAGCACAAGCAUGGAGUGACGAGGACCUGUUGGAGGCUCUAAAUCAACUGGAGGAAGGGCUGAAAGACAACAUUAAGAAAUUGAGUUCUUUUGAUAAGUACAAGCAAGAAGUCCUCCUUGGUCAUCUUGACUGGUCUCCUAUGCACAAGGAUCCGUUGUUUUGGCGUGAUAAUAUUACAAACUUUGAAGAAAAUGAUUUCCAGAUUUUGAGGGUCCUCAUUACAAUUUUGGAUACAUCCAGUGAUCCAAGGGCUCUGGCUGUUGCUUGCUUCGAUCUCUCACAGUUCAUCCAGUGCCAUCCAGCUGGGCGAAUCAUUGUGACGGACCUCAAGGCCAAGGAAAGGGUGAUGAAACUGAUGAACCAUGAGAAUCCUGAGGUUACCAAAAAUGCCCUACUCUGUAUUCAAAGGCUUUUCCUAGGUGCCAAGUAUGCAAGCUUUUUGCAGGCCUAGUUCAGUUUUGUUUGGGGAAUAAAGGUCUAUGUUUCUACGCUCAUUUACCAAGUAUUUGGCUCCCGCAGCGUAUAUGGUUCAUCUAUUAUUAUUAUUAUUUUUUUUUUGGAGUAAUUUAUCAUCUAGAGCUGUUCUCUCGUCAGAAUUUUCGGUUGUGGAGGAUUGUGAAGAAUUAUUUUGUCCUACUACGGUUGAAUAUUAUGUGUAGUGGAAAUCCUAAUAAAAAAAAAAAGUCUUAUUAUCUUGUUUCA